UGGCAACCGCAGCUAUCGCCAAAUCCCUGUUCUCACUACCAUAUUACGUUUCACGGUUUCACGCACAGAAAUCAGGAGAGGGGCUCGUAGAAGAAAAUUUGUCCAAAUCACGGUAAAAUCGUCAAAGCCUGAUAGAUACGAUACGGCCGAUUCCAUGGAUUUCGCCGUGGUUGUAGGUUGUAGCAGUUUCACAGCCUUCCCUCUACUUCCACAUCGUCUGGUCUGGGGCUGCGUAGGGUCAGACUGGGUGCCGUAGUUUCGUAUUAUUAUUAUUGACUCUAGCAACGUGUUCGUGUUUAUCAUGGGCAAGAAAGACCACCAAGCUGGAAAGAAGCACAAAAAGAACUUUUACAAGAAUUAUGACGGCAAGAACAAAGGCAGGAAGGUUGAACCGGACAUGAAAGGAUUUCUGGUUACCUUUGACAAGAAAGAAUAUGACGCCGCUCGGGAUUGCUUUAGCAUUCUCAACGAGUACGCAGAAAAGUUAUGGGGACCUGAGGAAGGCACCGAGGAAGGCAGCGAUGUUGAACAAGACCUGGAAGAAGAGUUGAAAGCUCUAAAAGACAAAAGCAGAAAGAGGUUUCAGAAAUUAAAAACUGACGUACCUGGCAAUUUCUUUAUGAAGACGACGGUCCAAGACCCUGCUCUCCUUGUCACCACAAUACUUGAGGACAUCAAAAGGACUCAGCAACAGAAAAGCCGAUACAUCUUGAGACUCCUGCCAAUUCUGGCAACGUGUAAGGCGCAUGUGGACAACAUCAAGAAAGCGACAGAAGCUGUACUGUCCAAGUACUCCGACUGUCCUGAUGAUGGGACACGUUACUUGAUUGUACAUAGGGUACGUCACAAUGACCAAGUGAAGAAUGCCCCCCUCACUAGCGAGAUGAUCAGUGUGGUGAAGGAGGUGAAACCCAAUUGGGUGCCUGAUCUCAGAGAACCGCAACUGGUCCUCAUGAUAGACGUGCUGCACAAAAUUGGCUGUAUUUCCCUGUUGAAGGGUUAUUUUGAUUAUAAAAAAUACAACAUCCAUCAACUGUCGAGGUUGGAGGAGGAAAAAAAAAGAGAAAACCGAAAGAGAGAAAAUAAUGAAGAGGAAGAAGGUCAGAGGAAGAGGAAUAAACAGGAUGAGGGUUGCCAAGUUUAAUGUCUUUUUAGCCAAUAUGAGCAGACUUUCCACAUUUUUAUUAUUAUUUGUCAGAAACAAAAAAUUUACGCGAGAACCAAACUGCUCAUAUGUGCGCCAUCCAAGUUAUUGUACCUUGUCACGUCCACAUUAAAUGUGUCAUUGCUUCUCAUACAUGCUCAUGACAACUCAAGUAUGUUGCACUCAGUUGUGCUCCUCCACUUCAGACUUACUGUAUGUCAUGCCCUUUGGUGAGGUAUCUCACUAAAUAAUCUUUCGUGCACCAACAUUUUUCCGAAAAUUGUGUCACACAGUGCCAGAAAAAUGUGUGCUUCCGUGAGAAUGCAUCUUGCAUUAAGAGAGUGUCAUAACAAGCGCAGGUUAGAGGCAGAGUUGAGUUUGUAUACUCGUGUCUUUUCCUGUACACCACCGUUGCUUUGAUUCAGUUAAAAUAAGAGAGACAUGUAAGGAACUCUUUCCUCUCCUGUGACACUCACAAAGGAAGGUUAUUUGGUAGUUUCUCGCAUCCUGAAUGUUACUUCCCUUUCAACUCUUUAAAAAAAGAAUGCUGCAGUGUUGCUUCAAAGGCAACCAAGAAUCUUCCAGAUGCAGUUUGUUUUGUGACAGCCAUUCGGGGCCACAUGGAAUUGAAUAAAUGGAGUGAACCACUUUA